AUGAGGCUGCGAGACUUUAUAUUCACUUUGCUGCUCCAGGCCGGCUUCCUGGGGGGAGGCUUGUAUGCUCAGCCUCAAGACAGAACCACCCAGGUCACAAAUGCAGAAGACUGCCCCGUGGACCUGUUCUUCGUCCUGGACACAUCAGAGAGCGUCGCCCUGAGGGUGAAGCCCUUUGGGGACCUGGUUGCCCAAGUGAAAGACUUCACCAACCGGUUCAUUGACAAGUUGACAGACAGGUACUACCGCUGCGACCGCAAUCUGGUGUGGAACGCGGGGGCACUGCACUACAGCGACGAGGUCGUGCUCAUCAAGAGCCUCACCUCAAUGCCCAGCGGCCGGAAUGAGCUGAAGAGCCGCGUCUCGUCUGUGAACUAUAUUGGGAAGGGAACGUACACUGACUGUGCCAUAAAGAGAGGCAUUGAGGAGCUACUCAUCAGUGGCUCCCAUCACAAGGAGAAUAAAUACCUGAUCGUAGUGACGGAUGGACACCCCCUGGAAGGGUACAAGGAACCCUGCGGAGGCCUGGACGAUGCUGCCAAUGAAGCCAAACAUUUGGGGAUCAAAGUGUUCUCCGUUGCCAUCUCCCCCAACCACCUGGACCAGCGGCUCAACAUCAUUGCCACAGACCAUGCCUACCGCCGCAACUUCACUGCCACCAGCCUGAAGCCAACCCGGGAGCUUGACGUGGAGGAAACCAUUAAUACCAUCAUUGACAUGAUUAAACUCAACACAGAGCAAUCGUGCUGCUCCUUCGAGUGCCAGCCUCCCCGAGGGCCUCCCGGACCUCCUGGUGACCCAGGCAAUGAGGGAGAAAGAGGCAAGCCAGGUCUUCCCGGCGAGAAAGGAGGAGCUGGAGAGCCAGGCAGGCCAGGAGACAUGGGACCUGUUGGCUACCAAGGAAUGAAGGGUGACAAAGGAAGUCGAGGAGAAAAGGGCUCGAGAGGAGCCAAAGGAGCCAAGGGUGAGAAGGGCAGGCGUGGAAUUGAUGGCAUUGAUGGCAUGAAGGGUGAAGCUGGAUACCCUGGGUUACCUGGCUGCAAAGGCUCACCUGGAUUCGAUGGAGCUCAAGGCCCACCUGGACCAAAAGGAGAUCCUGGUGCUUACGGACCCAAGGGAGGAAAGGGAGAGCCUGGGGAUGAUGGAAAACCUGGCCGACAGGGGAUUCCCGGCAGCCCUGGAGAGAAGGGUGCACCUGGAAACAGAGGUGAGCCUGGGCCAGUAGGAGAGACAGGCGAUGAGGGUGCUCCAGGUGCCGAUGGUCCUCCCGGAGAGCGGGGUAACAAUGGAGAGGGAGGUCCCCCAGGCUCACCUGGUGACCGCGGGCCAAGAGGAGAGCCGGGAGAGCCUGGACCACCUGGUGACCAAGGGCGGGAAGGACCCCUCGGACCACCUGGCGACCCGGGUGAGAUUGGACCCCCAGGACCCAAGGGCUACAGAGGAGACGACGGUCCUCGUGGCAAUGAGGGCCCAAAAGGAUUGCCUGGAGCACGUGGGCUGCCUGGAGACCCCGGCUUGAUGGGAGAAAGGGGGGAGGAUGGCCCUCCUGGCAAUGGCACAACUGGAUUCACAGGCGCCCCAGGACGACCAGGAGACAGAGGUGACCCUGGCAUUAAUGGAACAAAAGGCUAUGUUGGUCCAAAAGGUGAUGAGGGAGAAGCUGGAGACCCUGGCAAUGAUAACCCAACCCCUGGCCCCAGGGGCAUCAAAGGAGCUAAAGGCCGCAGGGGACCUGAGGGCCGCCCGGGACCACCAGGACCUGUGGGGCCUCCAGGACCAGAUGAAUGUGAAAUCUUGGACAUCAUCAUGAAGAUGUGCUCUUGCUGUGAGUGCACCUGCGGUCCCGUCGACCUCCUCUUCGUAUUGGACAGCUCAGAAAGCAUUGGUCUGCAGAACUUCCAGAUUGCCAAGGACUUCAUCAUCAAAGUCAUCGACCGCCUGAGCAAGGACGAGCGUGUGAAGUUUGAAGCUGGGGAGUCCCGUGUGGGCGUUGUGCAGUACAGCCAUGGCAACACGCAGGAGCUGGUGGCCAUGGGGGAUGCCAACAUAGACAACAUCGGGGCACUCAAACAGGCAGUCAAGAACCUGAAAUGGAUAGCUGGGGGCACCUUCACUGGAGAAGCCCUGCAGUUCACCAGGGAAAAUCUGCUGCAGAGAUUCACCUCUGACAAGCGCGUCGCCAUCGUCAUCACUGAUGGGCGUUCCGACACGCUACGGGACCCCACGCCACUCAACUCUCUGUGCGAUGUCACCCCGGUGGUUUCCCUUGGGAUAGGUGACAUUUUCCGGAACCCUCCAAAUCCAGAUCACCUGAAUGACAUUGCUUGUUUAAGCAGACCAACCAGGCCAGGACUAUCUAUUCAAAGGGACAACUAUGCUGAGCUCCUGGAUGACACCUUCUUGCAGAACAUCACCUCAUACGUCUGCCAAGAGAAGAAAUGUCCGGACUACACCUGCCCAAUCACCUUCGACAGGCUGGCAGACAUCACGCUGCUGGUGGACAGCUCCACCAGCGUGGGGAGCAAGAACUUCGAAACCACCAAGAAGUUUGUGAAGCGGCUGGCGGAGCGGUUCCUGGAAGCCGGCAAGCUUGCCGAAGACUCCGUGCGUGUCUCAGUGGUCCAGUACAGUGGCAGGAACCAGCAGAAAGUGGAAGCGCAGUUCCAGCACAACUACACAGUCAUCGCCAAAGCCAUUGACAACAUGGAAUUCAUUAACGACGCCACGGACGUCAACGCUGCUCUGCAGUUCGUCACGACGCUGUACCAGCGGUCUUCCCGUGCCGGGGCGAUGAAGAGGGUGCUGGUGUUUUCUGAUGGAAACUCCCAAGGGAUCACCCCAAGGGCCAUCGAGAGGGCUGUGCAGGAAGCUCAGCAGGCUGACAUUGAGAUCUAUGUGCUGGCAGUGGGCAGCCAGGCCAAUGAGCCUAACAUCCGUGUCCUGGUCACAGGGAAGAGCGCAGAUUACGACGUGGUCUAUGGGGAACGCCACCUCUUCCGUGUGCCCGACUAUACUUCUCUGCUGCGUGGCGUCUUCUACCAAACUGUCUCCAGGAAGAUCGCUGUUGACUGA